AUGGGAGAAAGAACAAGGAGCUUGGAUUCUGACCAUGACAGAACAUCGGAUGGUGAUAAAAAUAGCAACUCCUACUAUUCAGAUGAAGAUAAUGCAUCUCAUGCCUCUGACCGAUCACUUACACUAAGCUCUCAGUCUACAAGCCAUGGGAAAAAAGAUCACAAAACAGAGACUUUGAGUAGCCUUGUGCAUUACCAAGCCACUAAGAAACCAGUUUCCAAAUAUGCACCAGCCAAAAGAGGGAGAAGGUGGGGUUUUCGCUCCCAGAGCCUCAAUAGGGAUUCUCCUGCAAAAGAUAUAGAUCUUGUUACAAAAAGGGUUCUUUCUGCCAGACUGCUAAAAAUCAAUGAGCUUCGGAAUGAAGUAACUGAACUCCACAUCAAACUAGAUGAGCUGCAGAAAGAAAACAGGGCACUGAAGAGGCUUCAGUACAGGCAGGAGAAAGCCUUGAAUAAGUUUGAAGAUACAGAAAAUGAAAUCUCUCAGCUCCUCGCUCGACAUAACAAUGAGAUUAGAAUAUUAAGGGAGCGCUUACGAAAAUCUCAAGAGAGAGAACGCACAACUGAGAGAAGACUGAAAGAGUCAGAGGAUGAACUGUACAGGACAAAAAAUUCUUUGCAAAAACUGAAAAAGCUUUCUGAAGAUAAGCACUUAGCUGAACGAGAUGAACUGGCAAAGAAGCUAGCCUCAGCAGAGAACAGACUGGAUGAGAGUGAGAAAAGAAUUAAGGAUUUGGAGAAAAAUCUUGAGCUGAAUAACAGCAGUUUCCAGCGACAGUUGCAAUCUGAGAAAAAAAAGGUACAUGAGGCCCAAGAAGAAAAUAAAGCUCUCCAAGAAGAGCUUCAACAACUAAAUCAAAAGCUAAAGGAAAAAGAGAGAGAACUUGAUGCAAAAAAUAUAUAUGCUAACCGUAUGUUGAAGCCAUCACCUAAAAAAGACACAGAUGUUACACAAAGAAAAAAAGCCACUAGCCAGAAUACUAAAAAAGGAAUCCAGACUACAAAAGGAGUACAGACUAGUGGGUACUUCUCACCAAUAGAAUUUCCUCCACCACCAGAGUUUGUUUCUGUUUAUGUAACAGAUCAGAAAGAAGAGGAGACACUUCUCAGAAUGGAACAGGAAACUAAGAAAAAAGAAUGGAAAGAACAAGCAGAGCAUCUAAGUCAAGAACGGAACAGGGAGAGAGAGGAGAAAAUGAAACAUGACCAAGAACUGCAGGCUUUAGAGGAGAAAGCCCAGAAACUAUGUGAUGAGUGGAAAAAAGAAGCAUUUGACAGAAGGAAAAAAGAAAAUAACUUUUUAUUGGCUAAAGAAGAAGAGGCAAGAAUUGAGUCAGAAAUAUAUAAAAUUGAAAAUGAGACACACAACACUGAAAAACUAGAAGACCGACAAAAAAAAGAGUUGCUGCUGGCUAAAAUGUAUAAAAUUGACAGAGAAACUCAAAACACUAUUAGUAUGAAACUUGCUUCGCAAGCACACCUCACAGAUACAGAAUCAAAAUCUGACUCCCUAGAGAAAAAUGAGAAAACGUACCAGUUCUUAGAGACCACAGAUAAAUUGUUUAAUGGAUUUCCAGUAUAUGACAGCCAUGAUGUUACUACAAAAGCAGAAGGACAGAAGCGGCAAAAUGUUAGAACCACAGAUUCAAGUAAUGAUUUGACAUUUGGUAGUUACGUACCUUCCUUUGGGAAAGGAUCCGGGAGGCCAAGUUGGCUUAAUCAAAAAAGUAUUGUCUUAGAAGAAAAUACUAAAGAAAAUACAGAUUUCAAUACUAAGAAAGAGAAAAAGUCUAAUUUAAUGGAGCAACUUUUUGGAACUAGUGCCAACACCAUCGCUCCACCUAAAAGCAGUGACUCAAGUCCUUUGGAAGCUGACUAUGAUUCCGGCAGUGCUCUUCCUCCAGGCAAAAGCAAUAAAGUUAAAGUUAAAGAUGAUGAUUUUUUUUUCAGUGAAGGAAGAAAUUUUAACCCAAAUAGGCACCGUUUACAGCACACAACAAGCAGGCCAGCAGUUAAGGCUGUUGAUUCUUUCGAAGAUGAAAUUGAAGAAGUAAUCCUGUGA